AUGGAAACAUCGAAAACUGCCUCUACCUCGAAGUCAGAUAUACCCAAAACGUCUAAGCUCUCAGGAAACAGCACUGAAAAGUCAAAUCUGCCCAACAAUUCUGAAAAGGCCACUGAUAGCAACGGGACAACAGGAUCUUUUGAGUGCAAUAUAUGUCUCGAUUCUGCUCGAGACGCUGUUGUCAGUAUGUGUGGUCACUUAUUUUGUUGGCCAUGUCUCCAUCGAUGGCUUGAAACUGCUGAAACUCGGACAGUAUGUCCUGUCUGCAAGGCUGCUAUCAGUAGUGAUAAAGUUAUUCCUCUUUAUGGACGUGGUGCAGACCAUACACAAGACCCUCGUACUAAAAUCCCUCCUCGCCCAGCUGGUCGGCGUACUGAGCCAGAACCAGGGUUGGGAAGCUUCGGAAGCACCUGGGGAGGAUUAUUCGGUGGUUCUGAUGGAAGUAAUUUCCGAAUGUCUGUAGGUAUUGGUGCAUUUCCAUUCGGUUUCUUGUCUACAACAUUCAAUUUAGGAGGUAAUGGCAGUUCAGGGAAUUCACACAACGUUAAUGGCGUCAGCAACAACCGAGCAAUGCCACCAGGCAAUUUUUGGGGUGCUGAUUCAGAAACUAUGUCAAAAAUAUGCUUAUUUAUUGCUAUAUUUUUUAUUGGUUGGUUACUGAUUGCGUGA